GGCGGCGGUGGCGACAGCAGCUUUUCGGUAGCUUCGGCCCCUCGCCGCGAGCAUCCGAGUGGCGCUCGAGUCCCUCUGACUCUUCGAGUCGCCGCCAUUUUAUUGAUUGAGCGCAAUGAGGGGGCGCCGAGGGUGAGGAACCGUGGAAACGGAAUAUCAUCUCGUGCAAGAUCCUCGCCAAGCGAACGACGACCGACGUCGAUAUUGUCUCUGACUCAGUUGGACGGCUGGAAAGUGGAAAUCUGGAACUAGAAUUCGUAAAGACGCGCUGCCACGGCGCUACGCAAUAAUAAACCAGUUAAGUUAAGAUUUGGAAGGAAAUAUUAUCCGCAUCAAGUGAUCGUGUGCAAACUCGCAUCGAACAGUAAUCUUAGCUGUUAUGAAUAAGAUGUCCCGUUACCCAUCGGACUGCAAGGUCUACGUCGGCGACUUGGGCAGCAGCGCUACCAAGGAGAAGCUCGAGGAUGCAUUUUCACACUAUGGACCGCUGAAGAACGUCUGGGUGGCCAGGAAUCCGCCGGGUUUUGCGUUCGUCGAGUUCGAGGACGCGAGGGACGCGGAGGACGCGGUCAAGGGCCUCGACGGGCGCACCGUCUGCGGGCGGCGGGCGCGAGUCGAGCUGUCGAAUGGCAAGCGCUCGAGGGAUAGAGGACCGCCGAGGAGAGGUGCGGCAGGUGGCAGGCCUUUUCACCCUGAAGACAGGUGCUACGACUGCGGUGAGCGUGGCCAUUACGCUCGGGAUUGCUCAAGGCAGAGAAGUUCCCGAAGGCGCAGGAGGUGCGGCUGAACCGGCAUUCGCAUGUGACUAUGCGAUGUCGCACAGAGAGAUACUCGCGCGAGAUUCGCCUAAUCGACUUGGGUUCACUUUGUGAUGCACUCUGCGUAGUUACAGCGUGUAGAGCACCUACCUACUUUGGGUUUACUUCUGCACUACGAGACACUGAACAAAGAAUAAGAAAAUGAAAGAGAGCGAAAGAGUCAUUCAGCGAGAAUAUGCGAGAGGGGCACUUCGGUUCUUCUAACGACGGCACUCCGCUGCGCUACGGCUCUGUCCGCUUCUUCGUGACUUCGUUCAGCUCGAUGUUUGUGCCUGAUCAUCGUAUAAAUACAUAGCGAUCAUCUGCUCUUAUUGCCUACACUCUCUUCGUCCACACGUCUGAAUAUCACGCGAUUUUGACAAUCUGCUCUGCUACCCUUUCUUCCGCGCGUAUUCACGCAGCCUCUAAUAUAGAUCGCGCUCAAAAUCACGGUCCCGCUCGAGGCAACGCACUAAGCGCAGCUACUCGCGCUCAUCCUCACGCAGCCG